UGCGUUUUGGAUCGAAAUUUAAAAUUAUAAAGUUGCUAUGACAACGUUUUGCGUGUGAUUUAUUUCAUAUAAUCUGAAAGACAGCUUCUUUUUAGUUAAUUAUAAAUGCUAAAAUACAAGAUGUAUUAAUAAUAAUAAAAUAUAAAAGCAGGCUGAAAACAUAGACAAUGGGAGAUAAAGAGGAUGUAGACACUCGUUUGGAGAUUAUGAGCGAAUACAUACUAAAAUCGCUCAAACAGAAGGUCGAUAAAUGGGCGAAAUUUAUAUCGGGCGACGAAAGACAUGUUUUAUUUAGAUUCUUUGACAUGCCUAAAUACGAAAUCAUAGUAUUUCGAAUGAACACAGCGGGUAUGCUCACAUGUUCCACCAGUUUUCCUCCAAUAAGUAGAGGAAAAAUGAUAUAUUUUCUCAGAAAUAUCGAUGACAAAAUAACUCAGGCAAAUUUCCGCCAGGCUCUGACUAUUGGGGAGAUGUCUGGUAACGUGUUGAUGGAUAUAAGUGUGAUGGCGGACGAAGUUAUUGGACCGCUGCUGUGUAACCCUGAAAACCAGAAAGGAUGGCCGAAGAUAGUGCAGAACGAUAUGAAGAGACAUGUUAACGAUUUGAGAAAUUUGAUGACACAGUUGAAAGGAGAAAUGGCCAGUCAAGUGAUGUUACCGAUGCCAGCAGGUGUCGAAAGUAUUUACCACGCGGAAGCUCGGUUAAAAGAAAGUGACGGAGAGGACGUGGAUUUGUACCUUAAAACCAACAUAGAAGGCGCCAUUAUAAAAUGGGCACAGCAAGUCCACGAUUUAUUGAAAGAAGAUUCGUAUAUAGCGUUUAAACGGACAAAGUUCCCGCUACCGAAUGCGGACGUGGAGUUCUACACACAACGUCUCCGAAAUCUCGAAGGCAUAUACUCCCAACUAAGGGAUCCUCGCGUCAAGCGCAUGGCUCACUACCUCGAGUCCACCCGUAGCGUGUACCUCAGCUGCUUCAAGUCCAUGCUCACUAACGUUGUUGCUGCUAUAGUAGAAUGUCGCGACAUAUACGUGUAUCAGAAACCUUUAGUUAUACACUUUGAAACGUUCGAGGGCACGGACUUUUCCGAUGCAAAGAACCUCAUUCGUCCGAUGUUCCAUUGUAUAGGCUUGCUGUGGGGUAAUUCCCGAUAUUAUUGCAACGUGGAGAAAUUAAUACCUCUCUUGCGUGAAGUGUGCAACCUGGUGAUACAGCAGUGUACUAAUUCGACAGACCCGUCGUCUAUAUUCCAAGGUGAUGCGGAAGAGCAGUUACUUAAAAUGAGAAAAGCUAUCGGUAUCUUGAAUCAUUUUAUAGAUACUUACGAAAUGAAUCGUGACAAAGUGCAUACGUUCUUUCCGCCCGGCGUGAUGCCGGUACGUUGGUCUUUCGACUUCGAUCGCGUGUUCAUGAGAUUCAACGUGUACAUGAAGCGAUUGAAAAUGAUCGAGAACAUUCUAGAAGCUACCGUUGAAAUCAUGAAAUUAGAGAAGGUAGAAUUCUGUGGUUUACGUGGAAAAAUAUUGAGCACUGAGUGUAUAAAGGUGUUAGAAGAGUACACUUUGAUAUAUCAAAAUCUAGGGAAUAUCACGUAUGAUCCCGCGGAUCCGGAAUCUGAAAUAUUUCUUCCUGAUUAUCAUAAACAUAUGGGUGUACUAGAAGAUGUGGACAGACGACUUGCAUCAUUGUUUUCACAGGGUCUAGACGAGUGCCAUAAUUUAGAGCAUUUCUUUAAGUUCUUCCAAAUUAUCGGAGAUCUGUUUCAUCGCCCGUUAAUUAAACAAGAAUUGCAACCGAAAUUGCCGAUGCUUUUGGAUUUCAUGCACAGCAAUUUGGAUGCUGUAAAGGAGAUAUUUGACGAGGAAAUGUCUAAAUUAACUAAAGGUCCUGAGAGGCCGAUGGUCGAUCUUUAUUUACCACCAGUUGGUGGCGUGCUUUGGUGGGUUAAUAAAUUGCGUCGAAGAAUUCAAAUGCCGAUGGAAGAUUUUAUUCUGUUUGAAGAUCCGAUAAUAGAGGUGGAAUAUGCAAUGUAUAUGAAACAAAAACACAAUGAAAUGUUAGGUUACUUGAACUCGCUGGAGGACAAACAAUUCAAGCAGUGGUCUGGCACGGUGUCUCCGAUUUGUAAGCUGCAUUUAGCGAAGAAUCUUAUUUACCGAGAUCCACCAUUUGUUAGAAACAAUUUUAGUCCUGAGCUUGUUAUGUUGUUGCGUGAAAUACGCUACAUGAAAUAUUUAGACAAGCAAGGUAUACCAGCUGAAGGGCUUGAGCUAUAUGCUCGGAAUGAAAAAUUGCAGUACGAUAUGAACCGCUUAAAUCGCGCUAUAUCAUGGUAUAAUGCGAUCCGUGAAGGUAGCCACGAGACAGAAGUGGCUUUAAUCGAGAAAGAGAUUUAUGCUAUUGAUCAACUCCUUGGUCGAGGGGUUGAAGAGCUAACCUGGAAUGAUGAUUUUACCGAAUGGAUGGCAGAAGUGUACGCAGCUAUCAAUACGCUGCAAGAACGAGUGUUGACUGCACAGAACAACGUGAAGCGUGGUCUGGCUAACAUUGCCGCAUGGGGGGACAAACCACUGCACAACCGUAAGGAGAAUCCUGAUAAAAUGGAGUUGUUGGCUGUGAAUGAACGACAUCCUAGGUUUUUGAAGAGGCGUAGUGUGAUAUUAGACAGUCAUCAGGAGUUCAUCGAUAUUCUUAAGGUCAAUUACAAGCUAUUUUUCAACAUUCAAGACGAAGAAGAGGCUGAAGAAGAAGAGGAAGUGUUCGAAGAAGUCGAUGAGUCAACAUUAGACGAAGACGAGAAAGCAGCUCGCGCCGCCAAACUCGCUGCGAUAGAACAACGACGCGAGGAGAGACGACUCAUUCGGGAAGAGAAACAGAGGAUGAAAGAGGAGGCUGCUCAGAUCAAGUUUGAGAGGCGAGAGGCUCGAAGAUUAAAGCGGGAAGCCAAGGAAGCGGAGAGAGCAGAGAGACAGGCGCUUAGAGAUGCUGGUGAAGAAAUAGAAUCGCCGGCCGAAGAAGAAGAGGAAAUCGAUGAUCCCGAAGAACUUGCUGACAUUGAAGCUGAAAAACGGGAAAUGGAGGAGGAGGCGUUUAGAGCGGAGCGUUGGCCCGCCUAUGUCAGAUACGUUGAUUCAUUGGUAUCAAAACAAGUAAUGAAAGCUAUACAAUCGAGCUUAGAUUUGUUCGAGAGGCAAACCGACUUGGAGAAAGGGCCAAGGGUGGCAUUUAUGGAAAUAUUAGCAGAACUUAAAGAUCCAGAUAUAUUUUUCUCUCCAUCUCUGGAUAUGGAUGAUGAAGACGGUCUGUACGAUACUCUAAGAGAAAUGAUGAAGGAUAUGUUCCUCCAGGCUACAUUGUUCCCGAGGAUAGAUCCUAUAGUGCCGAUACCUACGUAUGAAGAUGACAUUGUUGCCGAAGAAGCUAUGAUCGACUUGUACCACGAAAUAUUAAAGAGGAUUGAAAACAGUAUUAACGACGUGGUGCAGUACGCAUCGAAAUACGAGAAAUAUACUUCCUUAUGGAUGGAAGACAGACAAGAAGUUUUAGCUGGGUUUCUGAAAUACGGCCGCGUCAUACCUCCUGAGGAGUUCGACAAGUACAAAUAUGAAUAUGGCACCGAUCCACCUGAAGCUAAGCCGAAAUUAGAACAAUAUCAAAAAGAGAUUGAUAAAUUUAACGCAAUGUACGAUGAAGUAGCUGCACUACCCGGCGAUUAUCUUUGCAACGGCUGGUUAAAACUCGACCUGAGGCGGCUGAACCAAGCUAUUAUGAAUAUCGUUUGUAAGUGGAGUAAUUUGUACAAACAGAACUUGAAAGAUCAUGUGCAAAAAAGUUUGGAUGAUCUAGAAGCAUUCAUAGCUUAUGCGAGUAAGGAAUUAUCUGUCGAACUUGAUGAUGAUGAUUACGAAGGCUUGUUGAAAGUGAUGGGCGUGCUGAUCGAAGUGAAGGCGAAGGUUGACGCGGGCACCGAACUGAUGUUCGAGCCGCUUAGAGAUAUUAUCGACGUGCUCAAGGAGUACGGUGUUGACUUUCCAGAGGAAACAUACGAACAGCUGGACGUUCUGCCAGAGCGUUGGCGUAAUCUGGUGAAGUUAGCGACAGUGAUGAAGAACAACGUGGCGCCGUUGCAAGCUGCGCAGGCGGCGCUGAUCGCCAAACGAGUUGCCCUUAUUAACCUGCGGCUUACCAUGUACAGAGAGCAGUUUAAGCUGAAGGAGAUGUUUUUGGAAAGCUGCAAAGAACCGUAUAGUCAAAUUGAUAAAGUGCACCAGGAAUUGGUUGGUUUCGAAGAUAUAGUGGAUUCGUUGAAAAAAUCGUGUGCGUUAUUCGAUAUACAGCCACCAGAUGAAAAGAAUCUAAAGCAAUGUCGACGUGAAUUAAAACUUAUUAAGCAACUGUGGGAUUACUAUCAUCUCGUUAUGGGCACUAUCGAGUUCUGGAAGAAAUCGCCAUGGAAGAAGAUAGACGCAGACGGAAUGGACCAAGAGUGCAAACGAUUCACCAAGGAUCUACGACAGUUAGAUAAAGACAUGAGAGUUUGGGAACCGUACGCUGCAAUAGAGUUUAUCAUAAAGAAUCUGAUGACGUCAUUACGAGCAGUCACUGAUCUACAAAACCCAGCAAUCAAAGAUCGGCACUGGAUCGAACUGAUGAUGGCUACAAAGGUCAAAUUCAAUAUCACCGAUGAUACAACUCUAGCUGAUUUGUUGGCACUGAAUCUGCACAAAUAUGAAGAGGAAGUGAAAACUAUUGUUGACAAGUCUGUUAAGGAAGCGGCAAUGGAGAAGACGCUCAGAGAGUUGGAGGUUACUUGGGCUAUCAUGGAGUUUGAUUACACAACGCACGAUAGAACUGGCAUCAAAUUGCCUAAAGCAAGCGAAGAACUUGUGGAGACCUUAGAAGACAAUCAGAAUCAAGUACAAAAUAUGAUGUCGUCCAAAUUCAUUGGAUUCUAUGAAGUUGAGGUCACGGCGUGGCAAAAGAAACUCGGAACUGCCGAUGCUGUGAUAGCACUAUGGUUCGAAGUGCAAAGAAAAUGGCAAUACUUAGAGAGUAUUUUCGUGGGUUCUGACGAUAUAAGAUCACAGUUGCCAGAAGACUCCAAGAGAUUUGACGGCAUUGAUAAAACUUUCAAGGAGUUGCUUAAAGACAUUGCAGCUACUCCGAACGUCGUGCAAGCGACCAACAAGCCGGGCCUGUUAGACAAGCUCGAGGAGCUGAUGAGGGCGCUCAAUUUGUGCGAGAAAGCUCUCAACGACUACUUGGAAACAAAGAGAUUGGCGUAUCCUCGUUUCUAUUUCGUUUCUUCUGCCGAUUUGCUUGAUAUCUUGUCGAACGGUAAUAAUCCGCCAGCUGUAUGCCGUCACCUCACCAAGCUGUACGAUAAUUUGGCAAAGCUUGUGUUCCCUAAAGCUGGCAGCAAACAUGCGUUUGAGAUGAUAUCGAAAGAGAACGAAGAACACGUUCCAUUUAAAGCACCCUGUUGCGACUGUUCAGGAAAGGUAGAGUUAUGGCUAAACCGUGUGACUGACUGCAUGCGGUACACCCUCCGCGACAUAUUCGAGCACUGCGUGAAGUCGUACGAGGACAAGUCCCGCGACGAGUGGGUGUUCGACUGGCCCGCGCAGCCCGCGCUGGUCGGCACGCAGAUCUGGUGGACCACGGAAACCAACCAGGCGUUCGAGAAGUUAGAGGAAGGAUACGAGAACGCCCUAAAAGAUUACCAAAAGAAACAAAUCGCUCAGUUGAAUGCGUUGAUUAUACUGUUGUUGGGAGACUUGACAGUCGGCGACAGACAGAAGAUCAUGACCAUUUGUACCAUCGACGUACAUUCGAGAGACGUGGUAGCCAAGCUCAUUGUGGCUAAAGUGGAGACUUCUAAUGCAUUCCAGUGGCAGAGUCAACUGCGGCAUCGAUGGGAUAAUAAUCUUAACAACUGCUUUGCUAAUAUUUGCGAUGCGCAAUUCCUCUAUGAUUAUGAAUAUUUGGGGAACACGCCUCGUCUUGUUAUCACACCACUGACUGAUCGAUGCUACAUUACACUGACUCAGAGUCUUCACUUGGUAAUGGGUGGUGCACCAGCGGGACCGGCCGGGACUGGCAAAACGGAAACAACCAAAGACUUGGGCAGAGCCCUCGGUAUCAUGGUCUACGUGUUCAAUUGCUCCGAACAGAUGGACUACAAAAGUUGCGGAAAUAUUUACAAAGGUUUGGCUCAGACGGGAGCGUGGGGUUGCUUCGACGAGUUCAAUAGGAUUUCAGUAGAAGUACUGUCUGUAGUGUCGGUACAGGUGAAAAGUUUGCUCGACGCCAUUAAAACUAAGAAGAAGAAGUUCGAUUUCAUGGGCGAGUACAUCACUAUCAUACACACAGUCGGUAUGUUCAUUACUAUGAAUCCAGGAUACGCGGGAAGAACCGAAUUGCCUGAGAACUUGAAAGCUCUAUUUAGACCCUGCGCCAUGGUAGUACCCGACUUUGAGUUGAUCUGCGAGAUCAUGUUGGUGGCUGAAGGGUUCCAGGAGGCGCGUCUUUUGGCGCGUAAAUUCAUUACGCUCUACAUGUUGUGUCGAGAACUGCUGUCCAAACAGGAUCAUUAUGAUUGGGGCUUGAGGGCCAUUAAAUCUGUGCUUGUCGUCGCGGGCUCUUUGAAGAGAGGUGACCGCUUGAGACCUGAAGAUCAAGUACUCAUGAGAGCCUUGCGAGAUUUCAACAUACCUAAGAUCGUGACGGACGACACGCCUGUGUUCAUGGGUCUGAUUGGAGACUUGUUCCCCGCACUAGAUGUGCCCAGGAAACGGGACCUGGACUUUGAAAAAAGCUUAGUGGAUGGGGCCAUAUCUAUGAAGUUACAGCCGGAGGCAGGAUUCAUUUUGAAGAUGGUACAAUUGGUGGAGUUAUUUGCUGUAAGGCAUUCUGUAUUCAUCAUCGGAUUUGCUGGCACCGGAAAAUCAAUGGUAUGGCAAUGUUUGUACAAAACGUACGCUAUGCUAAAACUGAAACCGUUUUACAACGAUUUGGACCCGAAGGCCGUCACUAAUGACGAGCUGUUUGGUAUUAUUAAUCCAGCUACUAGAGAAUGGAAAGACGGACUGUUCUCGACGAUCAUGAGAGACAUGGCCAACAUGCCCGGAGAUGGGCCAAAGUGGAUUGUACUCGAUGGUGAUAUUGAUCCUAUGUGGAUUGAAAGUUUGAAUACUUUGAUGGAUGAUAAUAAAGUAUUGACGUUAGCCAGUAACGAGCGAAUUGCGUUGACGAAAUCUAUGAGAUUGUUGUUCGAAAUAUCGAAUUUAAGAACUGCUACGCCAGCUACUGUGUCCAGAGCUGGGAUUUUGUACAUAAACCCUCAGGAUUUGGGCUGGAAUCCGUUCGUAGCGUCAUGGAUAGACACAACGCGUGAUGAUGAAUCAGAAAAGGCGAUGUUGACGGUGAUGUUCGACAAAUAUAUUCCAUCAUUACUGGAAUCGUGCAAGAAGUACAAACGGAUCACACCACUAACGGAACUUCAGCAGAUACAACUCACUUGCUAUCUGCUCGAGUGUUUCCUGAAUAAAUCAUUACUGCCAAGCGAUUGUCCUAAGGAAUGGUAUGAAACCUAUUUCGUGUUCUCCGUCGUCUGGGGAUUCGGUUCCGGUCUUUUCCAAGAUCAGCUCUGCGAUUGGCGCAAUGAAUUCAGCAAGUGGUUCUGCAAUGAAUUCAAACAGAUCAAGUUUCCGUCCAGUGGGAACGUUUUCAGUUUUUUUAUUGAUCCGGAAACUAAAAAAAUGCUACCAUGGUCGGAAAGAGUAGAAACUUUCGAGUUAGACCCAGAUUUACCGUUGCAGUCAUGCUUGGUAUCCACUUCUGAGACGACGCGUAUAAGGUUCUUCAUGGAUUUGCUGAUCGCUAAACAGAAGCCAGUCAUGUUAGUCGGCAGCGCCGGCAGUGGAAAAACAGUCAGUGUCGCGGCUAAACUGAAUUCACUUCCUGAUUCUUAUGCUAUUACUAAUGUGCCUUUCAAUUUCUAUACUACGUCCGAAAUGAUGCAAAAAGUUUUGGAAAAGCCUCUGGAAAAGAAGUCCGGCCGUAACUUUGGCCCUCCCGGCAGCAAAUUUAUGAUUUACUUUGUGGACGAUUUGAAUAUGCCUGAGGUAGACACAUAUGGCACAGUGCAACCUCACACUAUGAUAAGACAAUUUAUGGAUUAUAAGCACUGGUAUGACAGACAGAAAUUGAGUUUGAAGGACAUCUCAAAUUGCAUGUUUGUAGCAUGCAUGAAUCCUACUGCGGGUUCCUUCACAAUUGAUCCUCGUCUUCAGAGGCAUUUCUGUACAUUUGCUGUUAGUUUCCCCGGUCUAGACGCCUGCUUCCACAUCUACAAGCAGAUUCUGUCGCAGCACUUGAACAAUCCUCUGAACAAGUUCGUGCUGGUGGUGCAGCGGUACGCGGAGAUCCUCGUCAACGCCGCGCUCGCCCUCCACAACAAACUAGCCACGAUGUUCCUACCGACCGCUAUCAAGUUCCACUACAUCUUCAACUUGAGGGAUUUGUCCAAUAUAUUCCAAGGCAUGCUAUUUACAACUGGUGAUGCGAUUAAAACACAAUCAGAAUUGAUAAGACUGUGGAUGCAUGAGGCGACUCGUGUGUACUCAGACAAACUUGUCGAUGCUGUGGACAAUGAGAACUUCCAAAAACUUAUCGCUGAAGUUAUCAAGAAGAACUGUGAGGAAUUCGACGAAAAUGUGGUGUUCGAAAAACCUUUAAUUUAUUGCCACUUUGCGGAAGGUGUGGGAGAUCCCAAAUAUUUCCCAAUCAAAGACUGGCCGCACAUCAAAAAAUUAUUGGACGAAUCUCUGGCGGGUUACAACGACCUUGUCGCCACCAUGAAUCUUGUGCUAUUCGAUGACGCCAUGUAUCAUAUCUGCAGGAUCAACCGUAUUCUUGAGGCACCGAGGGGCAAUGCUCUGUUGGUUGGAGUCGGAGGCUCUGGGAAGCAGUCGCUCUCUAGACUGUCCGCUUUCAUAUCUUCGCUAGAAGUGUUCCAACUGCAAUUGCGAAAAGGAUAUGGGAUCAAUGAUCUUAAACUUGACUUAGCAACGUUAUAUAUCAAAGCCGGCUUAAAGAAUCUUGGCAACGUAUUCCUUAUGACUGAUGCUCAGGUUGCAGAAGAACGGUUUUUGGUAUUGAUAAAUGAUUUGCUCGCUUCCGGUGAGAUACCGGAAUUAUUGGCCGAUGAUGAGACGGAAAAUAUCAUUAAUGGUGUCAGAGGAGAGACUAAAGCUUCCGGUGUCCCCGACACGCGAGAGAAUUGUUGGAGAUUCUUUAUUAACCGCGUCAGGUCAAUGUUAAAGGUAGUGUUAUGCUUCUCACCGGUGGGUGCCACACUCCGAGUGAGGGCUCGUAAGUUUCCCUCGAUAGUGAACUGCACCGCCAUCAACUGGUUCCACGAGUGGCCGCGGGAAGCCUUGCGCUCCGUGUCCAAGCGAUUCCUUGCUGAAGUUGAAUCACUACCGCCACAUUUGGUCGAGCCAGUAUCGGACUUUAUGUCUCACGUGCAUCAAAGCGUCAAUCAAAUGUCGGCGGUGUAUUUUCAAAACGAGAAGCGGUACAAUUAUACGACACCUAAGACUUUCUUAGAGCAAAUUGCUCUUUACACCAAACUGCUUAAUGAGAAAACUAAGAAUUUAAAGAUGAUGAUCACUAGACUGGAGAAUGGUUUGGAGAAAUUGGCGUCUUGCGCUGCUGAUGUUGCUGUAUUGAAGGUAACUCUCGCUGAGCAAGAAAUUAUACUAAAAGAGAAGAACCGAGCAGCAGAAGCGCUUAUUGACGUAGUUGGUGCUGAAAGCGAAAAAGUGUCCAAGGAAAAAGCAUUUGCUGCCGAGGAGGAAAAGAAAGUCAAAGUGAUUGAAGAGGACGUAACGAUAAAGGCAAAGAUUUGCGCGGACGACUUAGCGAAGGCAGAGCCCGCUCUGAUCGCCGCUCAAGAAGCCUUAAACACGUUGAACAAGAAUAAUUUAACAGAGUUGAAGUCCUUCGGCUCGCCGCCAGAUGCCGUAGUCAACGUCACGGCGGCGGUGCUGGUGCUGUUCUAAAAAGGAAAAAUACCCAAAGAUCGAUCUUGGAAAGCUUGCAAACUUAUGAUGGCAAAAGUGGAUCAAUUCUUGUACGAUUUGGUGUACUAUGAUAAAGAAAAUAUACAUCCUGAUGUAAUAAAGGCAGUUCAACCGUACAUCAAGAACCCCGAGUUCAACGCUGAAUUCAUAAUGUCGAAGUCGGCCGCGGCGGCGGGACUGUGCGCGUGGGUCAUCAACAUCUGCAAGUUCUACGACGUGUAUGUCGUCGUCGAGCCCAAGCGACGCGCCCUCAACCAAGCCAACGCAGAGCUGCAGGCCGCCAGAGAUAAGUUGUCGUUCCUCACUGACCAGAUUAUGGAAUUAGAGGAGAAAUUAGGAGGUCUAAUGAAAGCUUUCCAAGAAGCCGUCAAUGAAAAGAUGAAAUGUCAAGCAGAGGCUGACGCUACGAAUGCUACUAUUGAUUUGGCUAAUAGACUGGUCAAUGGUUUAGCCUCGGAGAAGAUCAGAUGGUCAGCCACGGUAGUAAAUUUGAAAGAGUCUGGAAUAAUGUUGCCGGGCGAUGUGCUGUUGGUCACGGCGUUCAUAUCGUAUGUGGGUUGCUUCAUGCGCGGCUACCGGCAGCAACUCAUGAACGACGAUUGGAUUCCUACUUUACAAAAGACAAACCCUAAAAUCGAUACAACCGAGGGGUUAGAACCGUUGUCAAUGUUGACUGAUGAUGCGCAAGUGGCAUGUUGGAACAACGAAGGUUUACCAACGGACUCGAUGAGCACAGAGAAUGCCACGAUCCUAACCAACUCGGCGCGAUGGCCGCUGAUGAUCGACCCGCAGUUGCAAGGUCUAAAGUGGAUUAAGUCAAAGUUCGGCGACGCUUUGGUGACGAUCCGUCUGACACAACGAAAUUAUCUGGAUCGUAUCGAACGCGCUGUUACAAACGGUGACGUGGUUAUGCUGGAGAAUAUCGGCGAGACCGUGGACGCUGUGCUUGAGCCGCUCCUCGGACGUGUGCUCAUACGCAAGGGUCGUGUGCUAAAGAUCGGAGACAGAGAAAUUGACUACCAUCCGAAUUUCCGUCUUGUGAUACAGACCAAGUUGGCAAAUCCUCAUUACCAACCUGAAAUGCAGGCGCAAUGUACUCUUAUCAAUUUCACCGUUACGAGAGAUGGCCUCGAAGAGCAGUUGCUAGGCGAGGUGGUAAAAGCAGAGAGACCAGAUUUAGAAUCUCUAAGAGCUGGUCUGACGAAACAACAAAAUGAUUUCAAAAUCACACUCAAAACACUCGAAGAUGAUUUGCUAAAAAGGCUUGCGACAGCAGGUCCCGAUAUAUUGAGCGAUUCGGCGCUGGUGAUCAAUUUGGAGACCACCAAGAAAACGGCCGCCGAUAUUGAGAUAAAAGUCGAGGAAGGCAAGACCACUGCCAUUAAAAUUGACGAGGCUCGAGAAAGAUAUAGACGAGCAGCCUGUCGCGCCUCACUUCUCUACUUUAUUCUGAACGAUUUAUACAAGAUCAACCCGAUGUACCAGUUCUCGCUUAAGGCGUACAGUGUGGUGUUCAAGGAUGCGCUGCAACGUGCCGAGCCCGCUGACGAUCUGGAGGGGCGCGUGCGCAACCUGCUUGAUAGCAUCACAUUCUCUGUCUUCGUCUAUACUAGCAGGGGGCUAUUCGAAAGGGACAAAUUGGUGUUUUUGUUCUUGGUGACUUUGCAGAUACUACAAGUAGAUGGUAAACUUGAUACACGGGAAUUGGAUUUCCUUCUAAAAUAUGCGGUGGCGCCCGAAGUGUCGCCGUAUCCGUGGCUAUCUAAUAACUCUUUCGGAGGAAUUAUGGCACUGGCUAAGAUGGACGCGUUCGAAAACCUCGACAAGGACAUUGAAGGCGCAUCCAAAAGAUGGCAAAAGUAUGCGGACGGCGAAGCUCCCGAGAGAGACAAGUUACCAGGCGAAUGGAAAAACAAAACUCCAUUACAACGUCUCUGCAUAAUGCGGGCGUUACGGCCCGACAGAAUGUCUUACGCUUCAAACGCAUUUUGUGAAGAGAAUUUGGGCACGAAAUACGUUGAAGCUCGAACUCCACCGCUCGAGAAAUCAUAUCAAGAAAGUAACGCGACUACUGCCAUGUUCUUUAUACUGUCUCCCGGUGUAGAUCCCUUGAAGGAUCUAGAAAAGUUAGGUCGCAGGCUAGGCUUCUCGACGGACAAGAAGAAUUUCCACAUCGUGUCUCUAGGCCAGGGCCAAGAAGUAGUGGCUGAGGAGGCGAUGGGCGUCGCUGCAGUCAACGGCGACUGGGUCAUAUUGCAGAACAUUCACUUGGUCGCCAAGUGGCUCGCCACUCUGGAAAAGAAGAUGGAAGAGACGUUUGAGAACCCCCUGCCGGAAUAUAGAUUGUUCUUAAGCGCUGAACCGGCUGGGGAUCCCGCAUACCACAUCAUACCGCAAGGUAUUCUAGAGUCAGCCAUCAAGAUAACCAACGAACCGCCAAUCGGCAUGUGGGCAAAUUUGCAUAAGAGUUUAGAUAACUUCAGUCAAGAGACCCUCGAAAUGUGCAGCAAGGAAGCCGAAUUCAAAGCCAUACUAUUCGCGCUCUGCUAUUUCCACGCAGUGGUGGCCGAAAGACGUAAAUUCGGUCCUCAAGGAUGGAACAGAGUAUAUCCAUUUAAUUUCGGCGAUCUGACAAUUUGCGUGUACGUAUUAUACAAUUACCUGGAGGCGAAUCCUCGCGUGCCGUGGGAGGAUCUGAGGUAUUUGUUCGGAGAGAUCAUGUACGGUGGCCACAUCACUGAUGAUUGGGACAGAAGACUGUGCAGAACGUUCUUACUGGAAUACAUGCAACCAGAAUUGGUUGAUGGCGAACUGCAACUAGCGCAGGGCUUUAUAUCACCUCCCAACUCCGACUAUGUCGGUUAUCAUCAAUACAUAGACGAUUACUUGCCAGACGAGACGCCCUAUCUCUACGGACUUCAUCCAAAUGCUGAAAUCGGAUAUUUGACUACGGUAUCUGAACGACUGUUUAAGGUGGUGUUUGAAAUGCAACCCAGAGACGCUGGAGCACAAGCUGGCGGUGGCGCUACUAAAGAAGAAAUCGUGCGGUUCAUGCUAGAGGACAUUCUAGACAGAGUUCCAGAACCGUUUAACUUGGUCGAGUUGAUGGGCAAGGUAGAAGAGCUGACGCCGUAUACUAUCGUAGCGCUGCAGGAGUGCGAACGAAUGAACCGUCUCAUGGGAGAAAUACGAAGAUCGCUGAAGGAGUGUGAGCUCGGGCUAAAGGGCGAGUUGACUAUCAGCAGUGACAUGGAAAGGCUUAUGGAAUCUCUGUUCAUGGAUAAAGUCCCAGAUUCCUGGACUAAGCUCGCAUACCCCAGCUUGCUGGGUCUCGCCGCAUGGUUUUCCGAUCUUUGUCUUCGUCUAUCAGAAUUAGAGAAUUGGUCUGGUGAUUUUAAUCUACCGCCGGCAGUAUGGCUCGCGGGCUUCUUCAACCCGCAGUCAUUCCUCACUGCGAUCAUGCAGCAAACGGCGCGAAAGAACGAGUGGCCCCUCGACAAGAUGUGCCUCAACUGUGACGUCACCAAGAAGAACAGAGGAGAUUUCAACGCUCCGCCACGCGAAGGCGCCAAUAUUUACGGGCUGUACAUGGAAGGCGCGCGCUGGGACACCGCCACCGGCGGCAUCGUCGAGUCGCGCAUGAUGGAGCUCUUCCCGGUCAUGCCCGUCAUUUACAUCAAGGCCGUCACCCAGGACAAGCAGGACACGCGUAAUGUUUAUGAGUGUCCCGUCUAUAAGAUUCGCAUGCGCGGCCCGACGUUCGUUUGGACUUUCAACCUGAAGACGAAGGACAAGCCCACUCGGUGGACGUUAGCGGGCGUCGCCCUGCUGCUUGGCGUGUGAUGCUUUCGACGAGAAUUGUGUUACUAGUUAUAUUUGCGUAGAAUCAUAUUUUAACUUAUUUGUUACUUGAUUGUAUUUUUAAAUAUUUUAUUAGGUUAAUAAAAGUAUUAAACAA